AUGUUCUGCAAGAAACGUUCUCGUUCCAAGUACGAUUCGUAUUUCGAACGAACCGAGAUCGGCGCGAGAUGUUGCGUGUGUCUGAGGGUGUUAAAGUAUUCGGCGAGGUCCGGAUCGAAUAGUCUCAAGUAUCAUCUGUCGAAAAAUCACCCGGAAAUUUGGAAAAUGGUGUGUUCUCACUGUUGAAUUUCCUUUUUUUCUAGUAGUUUUUGCUUUAUUUCAGGUGGAAGACGAGGAAAUGUCCGCGAGAAUGCAUCGAGAAGGCGAAUUCAUGCAAUCAGACCAUCCCAGCUGGUAUGACGAAGUCAAAUUUUUCCAGGCGGGAUUAUUUGACCCGAAAACAGGCGGGUUUUCUUUAGAAAUCUCUUUUCUCGCCACAUGAGCCCGCUCGACGAGAAAACACUCGACCGAGACGCGCAGAGACGCCCGCGAGAAUCGAUUUUCGCCCCAUUCACGCGAAACGUUUGCAGAAUUUCUGAUGGAGAACGGCGAGGAACGAGACGAAAUGGGCACCGACGAAGGACACAGUUCUAGUAUGUACUUUUUAAUGAAAAUUGUGCAAAAAAAAUUCUGUUUAGAUUUCUGCUUUCCGCCUACGGCUCUCAAUAGUGCUUUUUUGGACGUGAUCAAAGAAGAAAUUCCGAGCGAUUUCGGAAGUCAGUUUUUUCAAAUUUGUCGAAAAUCUGGUCUUUUCAUUGAAAUGCCGGAAAUUGCAGCUUCAUCGCCGUCGCUGGAGCCGAUAGAAUGCACAUCUUCAGGGCCCGCAGGGAAUCCGGAUCAAUCGGCGCUUUCGAAUGCGAAUCCUUCGUGAGUUCAGCCGUUGACUAUACAAAGAACAAAAACAAAUGUGUUUUUGCAGAAAAGACGAGGUUCUUCUGGUCCUGCAGGACUACACGCGUGACGAUCGGGGAAAAUUGAUAGUGUGCAAGAACAAGACGACGAAAAGAUUGCCGACUGGGACCGAAACUCGCACCGGAGCCGGGCUAAUUGUCUUCAACCAGGUCACCUAUCGACCGAACUACCACUCGAAAUGGAACGGAAUCACCACGGCCCGGUGCACCGAGUGCAGCGGGACCAUCUACGUGGCGCCGGACGGGACGAUCACUCUGAAGAAGGAAUGCACCGAUCACUCGCUGCUCACGAAGCGAUACGUUCCGAAGCGCGAACGUGCCGGCGGCCCCGUAAAAAGUUACGAUUUUCCGGGCCCUGAUGCGAAGAAUUUGAGAAUCGACGACACGGAAUUUGAUGAAUGGGACAAUCGAAGUCAGAAGACGUUCCCAGUGAAUCCGCAAAAGAAUCCGCCGAUCAAACGUCAGUCAGUGUCGAGAUUCGCAUUCCCGCCGAACGUCUCUUGGCUCGCCGAUCAUCGUAACCAUUUUUCUAGCAAGAUCUAAUGAAAAAGAAAGCUUUCAGCGGAACUUCUCAAAAUCUGCGACAGCCGAGAGUCGGAAGACGUGGUCAUCGGCUUCACCACUCCGGAUCUUCACGAGAAAAUCGAAACUGCCGUGCAGACUGCCAAUUUCGACGGAUUCUACAAUGGCGAGCGGUCGGAUUUCAAACACGUGCACAUUUUGUCGUCCAGGGUGAGAAAUGGGCGGAUGAAUUUUGAACAGAACCAUUUUCAGCUGGGCUCAAGUCAAAAGAGCACACUGCUCGCUGUGUUUUUGGCUGACGGCAACUCGGACGCGCACAUGAUUCGAAUGUUCGCGGCGCUACGAAGUUGUGGGCUCAAUCCGAGCAGGAUCAACGUCGGUAAGACUUGCAAACGUCGACUGAUCAAACGCUUGAUAAAUAAUCCGAUCGGGCCCAAACUUUGCAGACUUCUUGGACUUGGAUUGAAGUAUGUUGGGUAAAAGUUUCAGGUCGAUCGGAUUAUCCGGUCGGGAGAUGGUCUAAUGACCAGAUCGGUCUGAAUCUUGGACACGAGAUACUUCAAUCCAAGUACAAGAGGCCUGCAAAGUUAGGGUCCGAUAAAUCUGAAAUGGAUCCUUCAACUACAUAUUCACAGAUCUCAACCGUCACGCCCUGGCUGCCGCUCGAACCGUCUUCCCCGGUGCAGUUCUCCGUCACUGCUAUCGCAGCGUGGCGAUGGAGAUCCAGAAGCGAUUCGAAGAGUGUUAGUGACAAAAAGAUCCAUAAAAUGUGCAAAAAAAUGGUUCAGAUCUGGGAGAUCAAGCCCGGGAGGCCAUGUACACGAACAUUCUGCACAAGUUCCAGAGCUUGCCGUUUUUGAAUUUCGUUCAGCUCGACAAGGGCUUCAGUUGGCUCUCAGAGCACACUCUUCAGCUCAAUCCCGAAUUAGAAAGUCAGUUAUAUUCAAAAUCCGAGCGCCCCAAAAGCAAAAUGAUACUUUACAGACUUCGUCGCCUGGUUCGAGAUGACAUUUCUCGCGGAAAACGCGGAAUUCGACCGCGAGAAAUGGAAUUGUUGGCCGCGAAUGUUCGAGGAGAUCCACGUGACGAACGGCGUCGAAGAGGGACUCUUCCGCGCCAUUCAGGUCGGGUGUUUUGAAGAGCGAGGAAGAAAAACCAGAAAUUGCUUACAGAAACUGCUCGACACCCCCGAAAACCCGAAUUUCCUCCCGGAAUUUCUGAAUUCGUCGCAAAAUUGGCUCGAAAAUCAGUCGGAGCAAAAUCAUCGGCUUUCACUUUUCCGGUAAGUGUUCAAGAUGGUUUUUGCGAAAAUGUUCACCAUUUCCAGUCUGCCCAUCUUCCGAAAGGCCGUCCUCCGCACGCACAAUUCGAUUUCCGAGUUUUUCGAUUCGGUGGCGCCGCUUUUGCAAGGAUUCGGCGACGCGAUUCAGAUUCAAUGA